UCAAGAGGAAGGAAGCCAGGCUGUUAACUGAUCUAUUAUUUCUAUCUCUCAUCGUGUCUGGCUGACAAACAUCAUUUCUCAAGAGUGGAAUCUAGCUGCUGAUGAGGCUUCACCACAGAGACGUGAGAAGCAACGAUGGGUUUGAGAGAAGCAGCGAGUUGCUUUGUCAUCUUCCUUCUCUCUGUGUCAGUGGUGCAGGGUGUGGAUCCCUGGGGGGUGAGGUGCACUCCGACUCAGAUCUGUGCUGUAAAAGGAUCACAGGUGCAAAUACGCGGCUCCUACUGGCACCCAUCCAGAAUAGAUGGCCAUGAUGUUGCAGUGGAGAAAACGUUGUGGUUUACUAAAGUGCAGGAUGGUCAACCUGUGGAUCUGAGAUCAGCCUCUGAGUACACAGGUCGUGUGAAGUAUGACUGUGGAAACAAGGCCUGCACUCUGACCAUCACAGACCUGAGAGACAGCGACUCUGAUGUGUACCAGUUCAGGUUCACAACCAACCAACCUACUGGGAGUUUAACUGGUUCACCUGGAGUCACUCUGUCUGUCACAGGUGUCCAGGCGCACAUUCCAAAAUCCUCAAGUUGCUGGUGGUAUGACUGUUCAAAGUCACGUGUGGAGUGUCAAACCAGUUGUUCUCCAACUCCCAGUCCGUCCUACAUCUGGUACAAGAAUGGAAAAAAGACACCGGGAGAACAAUCUUAUACAGCCUACUUUUAUUCAGCAGACAGUAUUUCCUGUGCUGUGAGAGGCCACGAGGAUUUCCCCUCUGCUCCAGUGUGUGUCCAUGGAAAUUCAUGCUACAGAGUGAAUUACAUCAACAGGAACAUCUGUGCCUUUAAAGGCUCCUCAGUGGACAUCUCUUGCAGUUACAACAGUCAAUCUAAUCCUAUCACAUCUAAGUCCUGGUUGGUUGCUGAGCGUGAGGAUGUGCAGCUGUAUCGUCCUCAAGCUGUGGACUUACUCAAAGACCCAGAGUUCACACAUCGUGUUCAGGUCCUUGAUCCAGAGCCAGGGCGCUCCACUCUGAGGAUAAUGAACCUCAGACUGAGUGAUUCAGCCCAGUAUCGCUUCACAUUCAAAUCACAGUGGUUUGAAUGGGAGAGAAGUUUCCCUGGCACAACUCUGACUGUCACAGAUGUUCAGGUGAUCUGUUCUCCGAUUGGUCCAACACUGACUUGUCAUAGCAGCUGUCUUCUCUCUGGUCGUCCCUCCUUUGUCUGGUUCAAGAAUGGAACAGAAGUUCACGGGGAAACGUCUCCAACUUUCAGGGGAUUCCUUCACCCUGAAAACAACUAUUCCUGUGCUUAUGAGCAUCACCACUCGUCCCCUGUGUAUGCUCCGAAGGUUCCUUUAGUGCAGCUGAGUCAACCUGGAGACAUUCUGAAGGACAGCUCGGUGUCUCUGACCUGCAGCAGUGAUGCUAACCCACCCCCUGCAUACACCUGGUACAAGGAGAACCAGACUUUGCUCAACAGAGCAGCUCAGCUGGUUUUCAGCUCCAUCCCGUUGUCUGACUCUGGAGAAUAUUACUGCACAGCUGAGAAUGCGCUGGGGAAGACAGCGUCUAAACGUGUCUUAAUAAAUGUGAAAUAUGCUGUGUCAGUGAGUCCCUCUGGUGAGAUCAUGGAGGGCAGCUCGGUGACUCUGACCUGUAGCAGUGAUGCUAACCCAGCAGCUAACUACACCUGGUACAAGGAGAACCAAACUCUGCUUCAAGGACCAGAGGGUGUUUAUCGUCUCUCCUCCAUCAGCUCUGGGGACAGCGGGGUCUACUCCUGCAAGUCUGAGAAUCAGUACGGACGGAUCAACUCCACGGUGGUACAGUGUGAGAAUGGCUGGGAUGUGAGUUACACUUCUACUGAGAUCUGUGCCGUCAGAGGAUCAACAGUGGACAUUACCUGUACCUACACAUACCCAUCCACAUUUAAUAACCAUGAUACUACAGUUCAGGAACCUUUCUGGUUCAUUAAAGAGAGUAAUGGGAUUCACGUUGAUCUAAGGACUGAUCCGGAGUAUUCAGGUCGUGUGGAGAAUCUCUGUGGAAACAACAAGUGCACUCUGAGAAUCUCUAACCUGAGAGAGAGCGACUCAGCUGUGUACAAGUUCAGGUUCACAACAAACCAACCUACUGGGAGUUUAACUGGUUCAGCUGGAGUCACUCUGUCUGUCACUGAUUUGCAUGUGCAGGUGAGAGCAUCAGUGAAGAAUAGUUAUGACUCUUCUAUCUGGGCAGAGCUCAGGUGUCAGAGCAGUUGUCGUCUUCCUGAUCAUCUGAACUACGUCUGGUACAAGAAUCAACAGAAGAGGAAGGAAGGAGAAUCUUAUUCAGGUCAUUUUCAAUCUGCAGACACAGUUUCCUGUGCUGUUAAAGGACACGAGGAUUUCCGCUCUCCUUCAAUGUUGGUGAGUCAGAAUGGCUGGGAUGUGAGUUACACUUCUACUGAGAUCUGUGCCGUCAGAGGAUCAACAGUGGACAUUAACUGUACCUACACAUACCCAUCCACAUUUAAUAACCAUGAUACUACAGUUCAGGAAACUUUCUGGUUGAUUAAAGAGAGUAAUGGGAUUCACGUUGAUCUAAGUACUGAUCCAGAGUAUUCAGGUCGUGUUCAGAAUCUCUGUGAAAACAACAAGUGCACUCUGAGAAUCUCUAACCUGAGAGAGAGCGACUCAGCUGUGUACAAGUUCAGGUUCACAACAAACCAACCUACUGGGAGUUUAAAUGGUUUUGCUGGAGUCACUCUGUCUGUCACAGACCCUCAGCUCCAGGUACAUGUGAGGAGAUCAACAGCCAAUCCAUCUUCUACCUGGACAGAGCUGACCUGUCACAGCAGGUGUCAGCUCCCUGAUCAUCUUUCCUACGUUUGGUACAAUAACAAUAAACCUGUUGGACGAAAAAAAUACUUUCACCUCCGACACUUUAAUGCUGAAGACAGCUAUCAAUGUGCUAUAGAAGGACAUGAGCGUUUUACUUCUCCUACAUUGUAUGCUCCAAAGCCUCCCUCUGUGUCAGUGAGUCCCUCUGGUGAGAUCAUGGAGGGCAGCUCAGUGACUCUGACCUGCAGCAGUGAUGCUAACCCAGCAGCUAAAUACACCUGGUACAAGAGAAGAGGAGAUAAACAAGUUCAACAUCUCAGUGAAGAGACACAAUUUGUCCUCAGCUCCAUCAGGUCAUCAGACUCUGGAGAAUAUUACUGCACAGCUGAGAAUGAGCUGGGGAACACAGCGUCCAAACGUGUCUUAAUAAAUGUGAAAUACGCUCCAAAGCCUCCCUCUGUGUCAGUGAGUCCCUCUGGUGAGAUCAUGGAGGGCAGCUCAGUGACUCUGACCUGCAGCAGUGAUGCUAACCCAGCAGCUAAAUACACCUGGUACAAGGAGGACGAGGACUCACCAACAGCAUCAGGACAAAUCUUCACCAUCACUGAUAUCACAGCUGAACAUGGUGGAAAGUAUCAGUGUGAGGCCCAGAACACUGACGGACGUAGUAAGGCCACCUUACAUCUGACUGUUGGAGCAGGUGAUUGUAGCACUCUGACUUCUACAGCCUACAACCCCCCCCCCCACCUCUCUCCUUUUCAUUACAUAAGAACCCUAAACCAUCAAUACUCAGGAUUUCCAGAUGUCACAGCUGUUUAUCAAGCCCAUCAUAUUGCACAUGAACAAUACUGACUGACCAACAGCAUCACCUGGCAAACUGAUUAUUGAGGUCGUCAGCUGACACAAAAACUAGGUCAAAAAUUUUAUUGCUAAUAAUUUUUCUGGACUUUUAAAGUACAGUAGGUGAAGUUAUAUUGAAUCCGUCCCAUUCUUUGUCCUUUACAUUUUAAAUGUGCAGUUAUGGGUCGUUUGACUUCUGCCCCAUAGAUAUUCACAGUCAGACCAUCAGCAGCACAAAGAGGAAUCCACCCAGCGUCAGUAAAAACAUCCAUAAAGUUUUCACCAUCCUCAGUAAACUUGAAAGAUAUUUCCUUCACUGUGAACAUUCACGUGACGAGCAAACAGCUCUCAGCAGACAGACUGUGGUGAAAACAAAACCCUGGUCCUGUGCAUACGUCACACACACACCUCCCAGCAGGGGGAGCAGUGGAUCAUAAACAUUUUAAGAAACACGCCCACAAACAGGCCUCUUUGACAACUUAGAUCUCUUCACUUGUAUUAUUAGAAAAUAAACUGUCUUUAUAUUCAGUCUGAACAUCGAGUCAGGUUUAGCAAACAUGACAAAAGUUGUUUUUGUAAAUGUUUCGUCCUGCACCUUUAAGU